UGAUGGAUCAUCAGAUGAAGAAAGUGAUGUGGAUGACCACCAACAAUCCAACAAAGAAAAUUUUUCAAAUGAAGCAUUGCAAACUUUAGAGCGUGCUUUCUCUGAAAAUCAUAAAGUAGAAGAUACAUUAUUGGAAUUGAAUACAUUAAGAAUGGCAUACAAUAUUUCUAUUUAUGAUCUACGUAGAGUGGCAAUCCCCACUAUACUAAGUCAAAUCAAUACAGAGAAAUUAUGGCAAAGCACAAAAAAUGUUUUGCUUGGCUGGGGGCCUUUAAUUGAUAAAUUGAUUCAAUCAAAGAAUGAUCAACUUGAUUCAUUAUACAUAACACAA